GCUGUUUGGCCCAAGCCUCCCAGUGAAGUCCGGUGAAGGUGCUGGAAGUUGAGACUUUGAGUCCGAGACAUGGCGAAGCUGGACCCCGGCCAUGCUGCGCUGCUGGGUUUCAAGACCAUCAUCGAACCGUUUCGCAUCCACAGCACUCAGCGCAUUCUGUUUCCCACACGAGAGGAACGACUGCAAGCAAUUCAACGUGCAGGUUGGAACCUUUUCGGACUGCACAGUGAUGAUGUGAUCAUCGACAUGCUGACCGACAGCGGCACGGGUGCGAUGAGUGCACGACAAUGGGCCGGGAUGAUGGAGGGUGAUGAAACCUACGCAGGUUCCAACUCGUUCUAUGCUUUCCGUGAUGCCGUACGGGAGAUCACAGGAUUUGAAGAAGUGAUCCCCACCCACCAGGGCAGAGCGGCUGAACGCAUCCUCUUCAGCAUCCUGGGAGGACCCGGCAAAGUGGUCCCAAGCAACACUCACUUUGACACGACGAGAGCAAACGUCGAGUACAGUGGAUCAAAGGCAGUGGAUCUCGUAAUUCAAGAGGGCAAAAUACCCUCCAGUGAACAUCCCUUCAAGGGCAACAUGGACGUCGCAGCAUUGGAUGCCUGCAUUUCUGAGGCUGGUGCGGAAAACGUUCCGGUGGUGAUGCUAACAGUGACGAACAACAGUGGCGGCGGACAACCUGUCUCACUGGAAAACAUCCGUGCUGUCCGCGCCGUGUGCGACAAACACAAGGUUCCGUUCUUCCUGGAUGCCUGUCGUUUUGCUGAAAACGCAUGGUUUAUCAAGUCAAGAGAAGAGGAAUGCGCAGAGAUGACCCCACUUGAGAUUGCCAAUGCCAUGUUUGCUCUUGCAGAUGGCUGCACCAUGUCCGCCAAGAAAGACGGCAUGGCCAACAUUGGGGGUUUUCUUGCCCUGAAGUGCCCAAAGUUGGCAGCUCGAUGUCGUGAUCUGCUGAUUCUUACGGAAGGUUUUCCAACCUACGGCGGUUUGGCCGGAUAUGACAUGGAGGCCAUUGCCAUCGGCCUUCGAGAGGCGUUGGAUCCUUUGUAUUUGUGCUACCGUACAAGAUCCACUGCCUACCUUGCAGACAAAGCAGUGGCUGCUGGGGUACCCAUUGUGAAACCAGUGGGUGGUCAUGCGGUAUAUUUAGAUGCCGCGGCACUUUUGCCUGACAUCCCUCGCAGUGAAUUGCCAGCACAAGCACUGGCGGUGGCACUCUAUGUGGAAGGUGGCGUGCGUGGUGUGGAAAUCGGGUCUCUGAUGUUUGGAGAUGCAGCAAGUAUGGAGUUGGUGCGUCUCGCCAUGCCACGACGCACCUACACACAAAGCCACAUGGAUUACGUGGGGGAAGUCAUUGAUCGAGUUGCAGCUAAAGCUCGUUCUGGCGAAAUCUCGGGGUACAGAAUUGUUGAGCAACCUUCAUGGCUGCGUCACUUCACUGCCAAGCUUGAACCACUGAAACCCUGGCUGUAAAGCCUGUAAAGCUAACGCUUCGUUUCAAGAGAAGCUGAGGCAUGUCGGGGAAUUUCUCGGACACCCAAUUAGUCAACUUGAAACUUCCUUGUACAGUGUUGUACAGAUUUCUGUUAGAACUUUCGAGAACUCGUUUGAAGAGUACAGGCCAAGUGUCAUUUGUCUGCGAACCUGUUUUCAAUCGGAGUUCAAUUUGCCAGACAUCGUGUUGUAGGGUCUUGCCGGUCUUGCAGAAUAGUUACGGCUCAGAGGCACUGCUGUGCCCUCCGGCAAGAACUGGGCCACACUCCACUUGGACGAUCUUGGACCUCCAUAUGGCAUGCUAGUGCCACGAGCACAGAGCAAAGCUGGGAAAAGAGCUACGGAAUCCGGCAAAUCUCAAUUUCAAGAGAUGUCAGAUUCCACCUUCCACCGAGAAGUCACCUGGCACGUGGGUGGCAUUCGGGAGAGACUCCGACGACUGGUGGAGUCCAAGGGAAUUCUGAGCUUCCAUUCGCCAGAGCUGCACUUUGGAGGGCAACGUCUGGUCCUGGAACUGCAACUUCCAGCCGUGGAAGACCUCCAGGCAGCUCUGGCAUUGGUGGGUCCACCGCCAGCAGUGCCUCUGCCCGGGAUCUGCGCUGUUCGCAUUUGGGCCAAACCAGGCUGCUGGCUGAGCUGCCAACUCCAAAUGGGGGCAUCAUCGCGCAAAGCCGAGCAUAACUUCCAGGCUGGUGAUGUCGAGGAUAACUCUGGACGGGUGCCGUUUCAGGUGGCACAUUUAGGUGACUUCAACGAGUGUUGGGAUCGCCGUUUGGAUUGUCUCAAGUUGUCCUUUGAAGUUUUGGAGCUGCGAAGACAAAGGGCUGCAGUGCCUGCAGGUACAGAGGAAGCAGACAGCCAUUUGGAUGAGCUGAGCUAUACAGAUCAUCUUGCUGGAGAAGCCUUGGUGCAGGAUCGUCUUUCUGCCGAGCUUCGACGUCUUCGUUCUCUCAGUGUGCGACGCGUUGAAUGGACGCUUGAGAACUGCCAAAGGCUGCUGGAGCGCACGCAGCCUGGACACUUCGUGGAGAGUCCAUGCUUUGCGUUCGCCGGGCUCGAUGGCCUACAGCUGCGUCUCUACCCCAAAGGGGAGCUCUGCCAGGGCACAGAGAUUCCCAGCUGCGGCCUCUUUUUGAACUGCCCAGAGCCGUGCCGGCUCAGCGGAACGAUGUACAUAGGUUCGAGGGCCAAAGUCUUUGAUUUUGACAGCGACAGCGCAGGAGUCGCUGGCGUUGGAAAGCACUGUGUCCUGGAACGCCAGGUCGAUACAAGUGACAAAGUUCUCAUUGUUGUCGACCUUUCCGAGGCAGAGCAAGAUGUGGCAAGCGGAUCGUCUGCUGUUUGCUUGCGAUCUCGUCCAGAACUCUUGCUGCGCCGCAAGCUGACACCACCCCCCUUUGAAGCAAGUGUCAGGUGUCGCCCGGGAACCGCUGUGGAGUCGCGGCGGAGCCUCGGCCUCGAGAAGUCCUGGAGCCGACUGCCGCUGAAAGGCUUGUUGGAGAUGUCCGUGGCCCGGGCAGUCUGUUGUGAUACUGGCGCAGAGGAGGAGCUGGAAAAAGUCUUGGACUCGUCCUGGCAGGCUUUCAGGACUCAUUUGCUUCGCUCCCUGGAUCCGCAUCGAGUGUCUUACGAGAACGAGAUUGCUGCCAAGCUCGUCAGCAACGAUUCAUACUUGCUUGCCAUAGACAGCACGGAUCUGUGCAAGGACUCAACUCCGUUGGGUCCGUUGAGUCCGUUGGUGGAGAGUCCUCGCUUUUCAGAGAUCUUGGAACCAAUAGAGAGUGGUACCAGCAGUCAGCAGCGAUGGGAGAGAAGAAUAAAGGAAGAAGAAUCCCGAGCAACGCAGUCCAUAGGUUCUUCUGCAGGCGGUGCGUCAUACAAAAUCGGGACAUCUUAUCUUGAAAGCAGGAUUGCCCAUCUGAGCACAGAGCAGCAGCGUGCUAUCCAGCGCCGGCUGCGCUUGCGCCUGGGGGCAAUAUCUUCAAGCAAGUUGGUCUCAGGGAAGUCCUUGCAUGAAGCAAUCUGUGCUUUGGGCCUUACUCGCUAUAGCGUGGAUGAAAUGAAUGAAGUGGUGAACGACCUGGCCACGUUUAUUGACUUAUCCUUCAAGAAUACCAAAUCCAGGAGUUUCGUGAAUGAGGAUUUCCUGCAAGAUGAAUUUCAUCGUUUCGGCAUGCCAUCGUGGCGGUGGCCCAAGCAGCGCGACUCCAUCUCCACAAUCCAUGCGUUUGGGUCUGACAAAACCAAGAAAGAAGCGCGGAAGUUCGACGUGGUUCCCGCAAAAGCGUUAAUGGAACUAUUGCUCGCGGUAGAUGGAGAUGAGCCCCGAAGGAUCUUCGGUCCAAGCCUUUCGGCCUUCGAAGCCAUCAGAGAAGUCUUGCUCGCGGGCGACACAAAUCGUCUUGUGGCCGAGCUUACUGCGGUCAGACUGAACGAUUUGGCAGCCCCCCCGGAGCCUUUGCAUCCGCUUCUUCUUGUGGAACCUGUCGUGGCACUUCUCAUCGUGGCAAACGCCGUUAUGAUGGGAUUCCAGACAGAUCCACGGUACGAGAAUUGGGAGGGUUGGAUCUACUUUGAGGUGACAUUUGCAACACUUCUUCUCGCCGAGAUCUUCUGUCGGACGCGGUUUCAGGGUUGUCGAACCUUCUGGUGUGGACAGGAGGCUUCGUGGAAUUAUUUUGAUGUAUUUCUAGCGGCGACGGGGAUGACGGAUAUCAUCAUGCGGGUCUCGCUUCAAGACACGGUGGAAAUUUUUGGCGUUCAGUCCGUGUUGCGCCUCUGUCGGCUGGUGAGACUGGUUCGUAUCAUCAAGGCCUUCAGACUGAAGUUCAUGGGUGAGUUGCGACUUAUGGUAAAGGGAUGGAUUGCUGGACUCUGGACACUAUCCUUGGCCUUCACGUUGCUCUUCACCGUGAUCUAUGUCAUAUCAGGCUUUGCUACCAUGACAAUUGGAAACAGCCCAAAGACUGCCGAGUUAGGCCUGGAAGCAUAUUUCCGCACAUUGCCAGACGCGAUGUUCACAUCCUUCCGAUGUUUUACAGGUGAAUGUGUCGAUGAAAGGGGCUUCCCAAUUCAUGAUUUGCUGGCAAGUGAGUUUGGCGUGAUCUUUAUCCUUGGAUACGUGGUCAGCUACAUGCUGGUUAGCAUGGGAAUUUUCAACGUAAUCCUGGGGGUCUACGUCGAGAUUACCAUGAAGGCUGCGAAAGAGACCGAAGCUCAUACAUCUGAGCAACAUGCUCGUGAAUCCAUUCGCAUUGCUCGAGUCACCCGCGAGCUGCUCAAAAAGUUUGCCGCCGCCUACCGUGCAUUUCAGGAUUUCGACGACGCUGAUCAAGUCACGCAUUUCGCCGCCUUGGAAGUGGACAAUCAGGGUGGCUUCACAGACGAGGACCUGCCAGAAGAUAUCGCAAUUACCAAGGAGUUGUUCUUGCUAGUUGUUCAAGAGCGCAGCGUGCAGGCUCUCAUGGACCAAUUGGACUUACCUGCAAACCGAGCACAGUUGUUCGAUGCCAUAGAUGCAGAUGGCAGUGGCACACUUCAAGUUGCCGAGCUCGUACAGGGUCUUCUCAAGGUCCGAGGAGAGGUGAGCAAAAGCGAUGCUGUCGCCUCACUGCUGGCUGCGAAAUCAGUCCAGUCAAUGGUUCUUGAGAUGAAGGCAGAGGUGCUGGAACAAAUCAAUCAGUUCCGGAAGGACUUCGUUGCAGAACGAACCGCUUCUUCGGCGCGGACAUCGAGGCUGUUGCGGCUCAGCCAUGCGAAGUCUCCAAGACUUGAAGAAGAGAUGCCUGUUUCUAUCCCGCAGUCGCGCUCAUCGCUCUCAGCGCUGCGCGCGCCUACGAAACCAGAGAUCCUUGAGGCGAUUCUGAAGCAGUCUUGA